AUGGUUUUUACAAUUCAGGAGAUCCAGAAAGACCCCAAAAUACUGCCAAAUGUUACACUUGGCUUUCACAUUUUUGACACCUGUACAAUUAUUGCUGGAGCUCUCGAGGGCACAAUGAGGUUGCUCACAGGACAGAAGACUACAGUUCCAAAUUACUGUUGUGACUCAGUUUCUUCAGCUGUUGCUGUGAUUGGAGAUGCAUACUCCCUGAUGUCAAUUCCUAUGGCAAAACUUUUAGGCCUCUAUAGACAUCCACAGAUUAGUUACUCUGCAUCCGUAGUGGCACUUAGUGACAAAAGUCAGUUCCCGUCUUUUCUCCGAACAGUCCCAAGUGACCUAUUUCAGUCAGUUGGAUUAGCCCACCUGGUGAUAUACUUUGGCUGGACAUGGGUUGGGAUACUGGCAGAGGACAGUGACUAUGGGUUGCAUGGCAGUCAGUUAGUAAAGGAUGAACUUACCAAAGCAGGCACCUGCAUUGCAUUCUUUGAAACUAUACCCACAGUGUACUCUGAAAAGAAAACUAUAUAUGUAAGCGAAAUAAUUAGGAAGUCUUCUGCAAAUGUGAUAGUGAUCUAUGCUGCAGACUUCAGUGUAUAUCCCAUUAUGGAAGUGAAUGUAAGAAAUAACAUGACCGGAAAGGUUUGGAUUGCCAGUGAUUCCUGGGCAAACUCUCCAAUAUUUUCCAACAAAGAAUUUUUGGUAACUCUUCAAGGGACUCUUGGUUUUAUGAUCCGAAGAGGAAACAUGUUAGGAUUUAAAGACUUUAUUUAUGGUCUUACUCCUCGUAGAAAUCCAGAAGACAUAUUUCUGAACAUUUUCUGGGAAUUGGCAUUUGACUGCAGCUUACAUUUUCUUCUAGUGAAUAAAAAUAGCAGCUAUAAAGCGCAAACAACAAACGCCUGCUCAGGAAAUGAGACGUUGCAAGAGAUUAAAAGAAACUUUUUUGACCUUGAUGAGUUAAGAUUCACAUACAAUGUGUACAAUGCUGUAUAUGCAGUUGCUCAUGCCUUGCACGCCAUGAAUAUCUGCAGACUUGGAGAAGGACCAUUUAGUAAUGGCACUUGUAUUACAGUCAACAACUUUAAACCAUGGCAGCUUCUUCACUACCUAAAAAAUAUUCAUUUUAGGAACAAAAAUGAAGAGGAAGUAUUCUUUGACAUGUAUGGUGACCCACCAGCAUUAUAUAGCAUUAUAAACUGGCAGCCCACAUCAGAUGAUUCUUUUCGAUAUUUAGAGAUUGGCCAUUUCAAACUAAGUGCAGAUAAUGGUGAGGAACUAAUAAUAGAUGUGGAUUCUAUUCUUUGGAAUAAUGGAAAUAAGCAGAUUCCUCAAUCAAGGUGCAGUGACAGUUGUCCUGUGGGGUAUAGGAAGGCUGCUCAAGCAGGCCAGCCAAUCUGCUGUUUCGGCUGUGUUAUGUGCUCCCAAGGAGAAAUUUCCAACCAAAGUGAUUCUGUUGUCUGUCUAAAGUGUCCAGGUAAUGAAUGGUCAAAUGACAAACAAGAAAAGUGCAUUACGAAAAUACCAGAAUACCUUACUUAUGAAGAGCCUCUUGGAAAAACUUUAGCUGCAGUUCCCAUAUUCAUGGCUAUGGCUGCUGCUGCUGUCUUUAUUGUAUUUGUGAAGUCCUGGAACACUCCUGUUGUCAAAGCAAAUAAUCGAGAACUCAGCUAUCUUCUUCUACUAAGUCUUGUUCUAUGCUUCCUCUCUUCUUUGAUCUUUAUUGGGCGACCCACUAACUUGACAUGCAUGUCCCGCCAAGUUGCUUUUGGCAUCAGUUUUACAUUUUCUGUCUCGUGCAUUUUAGCUAAAACAGUUGUAGUGGUCAUUGCCUUCAAUGCCAGUAAGCCAAAUAGCAAUCUAAAGAAAUUUGUGGAUCCCAAGCUGCCAAAAUCUUUAGUUUCUCUCUGUACUUUUGUUCAAAUUGCAUUGUGUGUUAGUUGGUUAAUUUCAAGUCCACCAUUCCAGAAUGAAAACACGACUUCUGUAACAGGGAAGAUUAUUAUAGAAUGUAAUGAAGGUUCACCCACAGCAUUUUGGUGCAUGCUGUCUUAUAUGGGCCUAUUAGCCUCUGUAAGCCUUGUUGUAGCAUUUCUGUCCAGGAACCUCCCAGAUAGCUUUAAUGAGGCUAAAUACAUAACAUUCAGUAUGCUGGUUUUUGUCACUGUAUGGAUGUCAUUCAUCCCAGCCUACCUGAGCACACAGGGGAAGUAUAUGGUGGCUGUGGAAGUAUUUGCUAUUGUGUCCUCAGGUGCUGGUCUGCUGAUUUGCAUAUUUACUCCUAAAUGCUAUAUUAUUCUGUUUAGACCUGACAUGAACACUAGAGCCUUUCUUAUAGGGAAGAUUGCGAUGGAGAGAGCGAGAGAGCGGAGAAACAGGGGUCAGCCAUUGUACAUUUCAAGCAAGUCCCAGAACACGACCAUUCAUCAUUCAUCAUGCGAGAUUUGUAAGGCCUUCAUCCCUAAAACUGUUAGGAGCAGUCUCGCUUCUCUUAGAUUGUUCUUAGAGAAUCAACAUCUAAAGUGCCUUGGGCAGGACAUGGAUCUGACGUCGGAACCUUUGGAAGAGCCGCAAACCAAGAAGGCCAGGAAACCUCAGCUUGAUCCUAUAGCUGCUCCCUCUAUUCCGGCUGCUCCUCCCAAGGCUGAUGAAGGCUCAGAGGCUGCAUCAGAAAUCACAGAACCUCCUUUGACUGGUACCUUGGGGGAAGCUGUUAUGGAGAUUGCUAGCAUGUACCAGAGGGACUCCCAGGCAUCUGACCCAGGUGCCGGGGGUACCAUGGCUUAUCAUUUCUGA